AUGGCUACAUUAACUGCAGCGGAUUAUGCAGUGAUCGGUGCAUUAAUUCUGAUCAGUUCCGGUAUCGGUGUAUAUUAUUGGCUCAUCGGUGGCCGACAAAAGUCGACUGAGGAAUAUUUUAUGGCCAACAAGUCAAUGCGAAUGAUCCCGGUAGCGAUAGGUUUGAUGGUUUCAUAUUUAUCAGCAGUCAGUCUACUCGGAGUGAGCUCUGAAAAUUACGUGUACGGUACACAGUACACUGUGAUCAACAUCUCUUAUGGUCUUGCCACACCGUUUGCAGCUUAUUUUUAUUUACCGGUAUUUUUCAAACUAGACACUGCAAGCACUUUCGAGUAUCUACAGAAGCGUUUCGGCACGACUACCCGAUUAAUAGCCAGUUUUGCUUUUUUGCUCCAAUUGCUUCUAUACAGCGGUGUGGUGUUAUAUGCACCUGCGUUGGCCUUAGAAGCUACCACCGGUCUUUCAACGACCGCAAGUGUGAUUGGUUUAGGACUCAUCUGCACUUUCUAUUCGACGAUCGGAGGCAUCAAGGCGGUACUUAUCACUGAUGUUUUUCAGAGUCUGUUAAUGCUGACUGCCGUUGUCACAGUUAUAGCUACCGCAGCAGUUGCUACUGGUGGUCUAGACCGAAUUUGGCAGAUCGCUGAAGAGGGAUCUCGGUUGGAAUUCGACAACAUCUCUCCGGAUCCAACUGUACGACAUACUUGGUGGAGUUUGACACUUGGUGGUUUCUUUACUUACCUUUCCUUGUACAGCGUUAAUCAAGUUCAGGUUCAAAGAAUGCUGACUGUCAGUAAUCUAACAGUUGCUCAACGCGCAUUAUGGUGGAGCUGGCCGAUGUCAUCGAUCAUGUCGCUUACUCUGUGCUUUUCUGGACUAGCGAUGUAUGCAAAAUAUCGUAACUGUGAUCCACUCACAGAAGGCAGGAUCAGUUCAAAUGAUCAAUUGAUGCCAUUGUAUGUAAUGGACAUGCUGUCAGAUUAUCCUGGUGUGCCUGGGCUUUUCAUAGCCGGGAUUUUUAGUGCCGGACUCAGUACCAUCUCGGCUACGGUUAAUUCCCUUGCUGCUGUUAUUCUUGAAGAUUAUAUCAAGCCUUUCUCGCGUAUAAGAAACAAGGAUCUAUCGGCUACGACGUCAAUAAUCAUUAGCAAAAUUUUGGCUCUUGUAGUUGGACUAUCGUGUGUGGCAGUGGCUUUUCUGGCACAAUAUCUCGGUGGAUUGCUGCAGGCAGCUCUGACGAUCUUUGGUGUCGUAGGUGGACCUAUGUUGGGUUUAUACACGCUUGGCAUGUUUCUCCCAUCGUGCAACCAAAAGGGCGCGAUUGCGGGUUUCAUUCUUAGUCUCAUGUUUUCUUUGUGGAUAGGAUUCGGACAACCGAAACCGCCGAUUUCGCGGUUGGAUGUUUCAACAGACGAUUGUGGAUUCAACAACACUAUUAUAUUUCGCGGAAGCGAUGGAAAAUCAUUGAAUUACACAAGCUCACGAAUGGAGAAAGAUAAAGCCUAUUUUUAUCUUUAUCGCAUAUCCUAUAUGUGGUAUUGUCCAUUGGGAUUUCUCGUUGCUAUAAUCACAGGAUGGAUCGUCAGUUGGAUCACAAGAUGGAUUUUUAAGGAGAGCCCGACUGAAAUCGAUUUGAAUUUACUAAGUCCGAUUAUGGCAAGUCAAAAACAAAAAAGAAAAGAAGCAGAUAAAUAUCGU